AUGGCAGAUCAAGAUGUAGUAGUUCAGCACGAUGACGAUGACUUCGAUGCGCUCUCGCGACACAAUCGACGACGGCCUCCUGUCUCUGGCGCCACCUCGCCGCAUCGGUCUGGCGUCCAGACACCAUCUGAGCAGCAAUCGCUCAAUAGUGUCCGAAAUGCCUCGACAGAGCCAGAGACCUCUAGGCAUCCUCUACAGACUCUGGUACCAGACCCAUCGGCUUCUGGGCGUCGGUUUCAUCCGGAUGCUUCUGUUGUCUUGGUGGGAAUAAGAGCAUCCGGGAAGCGGUCCUUGGGUCUGAUUGCUGCCACAGCACUGGGAUGGCGAUUCGUGACCGAAGACCAUUACUUUCAGACGGUCAAUGGCCUCUCCAGGCAGGACUACCUCAAAGUCUACGGCAGCGAGCAGUUCCACAGGCAGGACAUUGAGACUUCCAAGCGAAUGCUCGAAGAGAACAAGUACCAAUGCGUCAUCGACUGUGGUCUUGGGAGCCUCACGAGUGGUCUUCAGGACUAUCUCAGGCGAUACAGCCAGACCAAUCCCGUCGUGUUCGUCGUCAGGGAUAUGGCUCGAAUCAAGCAGAUCCUAAACCUGGACGCGCGAGCCGCGAAACUGCUUGAGAGCGGCAACUCAACGCAUCGAAAAUGUUCCAACUACGAGUUUUACAACCUGGAGGACGAGUCUUCGAAUGAGCCCGCAGAUUCUGAUCCCACAGAUCGAGCCUCACCGACCUAUUCUUUCAAAUUGAGAAAAGCUCAGGCAGAUUUCUCUUCGUUUGUUCGGUUCAUCGCUGGAAAGCACACCGUUGACCCGAUCUUUCUGUCCCCUUUUUCCCUGGACGGCCCUGUCGAGUCCCGAGCAUUCACUCAUACGCUCUUCGUCACCCUGUCAGAUUUCGUUCAAGACUGUGUUGACUUUGGAGUAUUGGAGGCCGCCGGCGAUGUCCUAGAGAUUUAUGUUGAUCAAUUUCAGUCAAGUACAGCAUUGGCACUGGCCAGGAUGGUGGCCAUGGCCAGAAGGAUACUCGGAGUACCGAUCCUACUGUCGGUCAGCCGCAAGCUCACUGGGACCACGUCAACCGAAAAUUACAUGGCAGUUUUGUUGCAAGGAUUGCGACUCGGCGUCCAGUACGUGUCUCUGGAUCUUGACCUCGAUGACGCUCAGAUCGGCCAGCUCAGACAAAUGCAGGGACACACCAGGCUGCUCGGCACAUAUCUCCAUGCGAACGCCAACGGCCAAGGCUGGAAAGAUCGGGCAUUGAUGGCCACGUACAAGCGAGCGGUAUACCUCAAACUCGACCUAUUACGUCUUCUCAAUGUCCCCGUGUCUCGCCAGGAGAAUGACACGGCGAUAUGGUUCAUGGAACAGUUGAAAGAACUCGAGGGUCCUCAAAUCCCCUGCAUAGCCUACAACACCGGCCCCCUUGGUCGAACAUCCCAAAUGAUGAAUUCGAUCUUGACCUCUGUCACUCACCCGAGCAUCAAAGGCACUCAGAUUGACAUGGACCAUUUUCUCCGACCGCUAUUGUCUUCCGAGAACAUCAUCAGUGGUCUUUUUGGAAGCUAUGUUUUUGACCCACUGCACUUCUACAUAGUCGGCGCCAAUGUCUCCGGGUCGCUAUCUCCUGCAAUGCAUAAUGCUGCCUAUCAACUUGUCGGCUUGAAACACAACUACAGCACUAAGAAGAUUACGACGUGGGAAGACAUCGAAGAACUUGCGAAAGAUGAUGCUUUGGGUGGCUUGAGCAUCGUGCAACCCUACAAGGUCAAACUGGUUGGUCGCAUGCAUGCGCUUAGUGGGCACGCCAAAGCCAUCGGCGCCCUCAAUACCCUGAUUCCCCUGCGUGCGACGUCUGCCGGGGCUGCGCCCUCUUUAGACUCUCAAGCUCUGUCCAGGAAUCGUGCAGGGCCCAUCAUCGGAUGGUUUGGGGAGAAUACCGACUUCAUUGGUAUCCUGAACUGUGUGAAGCGAAGCCUAUCUCCACGCAAUGCAAUCCAGCCCAAAACAACGAGCCUGGUUAUUGGUGCCGGGGGCAUGGCAAGGGCUGCGGUGUAUGCAAUGCUGCAGAUAGGUUGCAAGCAUGUAUUUGUAUACAACAGGACAAUUGCAAACACAAUAGCCCUGGCUCAACACUUCAACAAAUUAGUCCAGGCCCAAGGGAACGGCAGCGCACCAACACCUCAACAGGACUAUGUCAAGGUCAUUGAACGGAGAACCGAUGCCUGGCCCACAGAUUUUGCUCCCCCAAACAUUGUUAUCUCCUGCGUCACGCAUGAGUUACUCGACGGCAACCCAGGCGCAGAUUUCGAGAUGCCCGAGUCAUGGCUGCAAUCACCAAGUGGCGGCGUCGUCGUUGAGAUGGCCUACAUGACGAAGGAGACACCAUUAAUCAAGCAGAUGAAACAAUAUCGCGAGACGACACGGAGACCAUGGGUGUUGGUUGAUGGCAUUGAGGCGCUCAUUGAGCAAGCCGUGGGUCAAUUCGAAUCCAUGACCGGGAGGAAGGCACCAAAAGGCUGUAUGGCAGAGGCGGCGCAUGCAUGCAUUCGCAAGAACACAUCAUAUCUGGUCGACGGCGAGGAGUUCUUUACUUGA